AUGGCAGUCAAUGGUAACAGCAUCCAGGCCAUAAAGGACAACACCAUUGGUCCGUGGAAACUAGGUGAAACCUUGGGUCUAGGAAGCACUGGUAAAGUUCAACUAGCUCGUAAUAAAUCUACGGGCCAAGAGGCGGCAGUUAAAGUGAUAUCAAAGGCAGUAUUCAAUUCAGGUAAUGUGAGUGGUACUUCCAUCGUUGGUUCCACUACCCCAGACGCUUUGCCUUACGGGAUAGAACGUGAAAUAAUCAUUAUGAAGUUGCUAAAUCACCCAAAUGUGCUGAGGCUGUAUGAUGUCUGGGAAACAAAUACAGAUUUGUAUCUCGUACUCGAAUACGCGGAAAAGGGUGAGUUAUUCAACCUAUUGGUCGAGAGAGGACCUCUGCCAGAAAAUGAAGCUAUUCGGUUCUUCAGGCAAAUUAUUAUUGGCGUUUCAUAUUGUCAUGCUCUAGGUAUAGUCCAUCGCGAUUUGAAACCGGAAAAUCUAUUAUUAGAUCACAAAUAUAACAUCAAGAUUGCAGACUUUGGUAUGGCAGCACUAGAGACAGAAGGGAAGCUAUUAGAGACUUCGUGCGGAUCUCCUCAUUAUGCUGCGCCUGAAAUUGUAUCCGGUAUACCAUAUCARGGUUUCGCAAGUGAUGUAUGGUCAUGUGGUGUGAUCCUAUUCGCUCUUCUUACCGGUAGGUUACCUUUUGAUGAGGAAGACGGAAACAUAAGAGCACUGCUGUUGAAAGUUCAAAAGGGUGAGUUCGAAUUACCCUCUGACGAUGAGAUUUCCCGCGAAGCUCAGGAUCUGAUUAGUAAGAUAUUAACCGUUAACCCUGAAAGAAGAAUCAAAGCUAGGGAUAUACUCAAACAUCCAUUACUGCAAAAAUAUCCAAGUAUUAGGGACUCCAAAAGUAUAAGAGACCUACCAAGAGAAGAUACAUACCUUACACCGUUAUCAGAAAGCAACUCUUCUAUUGAUUCUAGCAUCCUACAAAACUUAGUAAUUUUAUGGCACGGAAGAGACCCUGACGGAAUUAGGGCAAAACUACAAGAACCUGGCGCGAAUGCCGAAAAGACAUUAUAUGCUCUACUGUAUAGAUUUAAAUGCGAUACUCAAAAAGAACUUAUUAAACAACAGCAAAUCAAAAAAAGGCAAUCAAUCAGUAGCGUAUCUAUUUCUCCUCCUAAGAGAACAUCAACGACUCCGCAACGCAGAAGAAAUAGAGAAUCUAUAAUUAGCGUGUCAUCUUCUCGUAAAAAGCCAAUUUCCUUCAACAAAUUCACUGCAUCCAGUGCUUCAUCUAGCAAUUUGACUACUCCUGGCUCUUCUAAACGUCUUUCUAAAAACUUUUCCUCAAAGAAGAAAUUAUCUACAAUUGUCAAUCAAUCUUCUCCAACUCCCUCAUCACGUAAUAAAAGGGCCUCAAUAGCAAACGUUGAUAAAAAUCAAAAAAGGGCUUCCAUUUUUUCCACUACAAAGAAGAAUAAAAGAGCAUCUAAAUCCACAAGGAGAAUGUCACUAAUACCAAGCAUGAAACGCGAAUCAGUGACAACAAAAUUAAUGUCAACAUACGCCAAGCUUGCAGAAGAUGACGAUUGGGAAUAUAUUGAAAAAGAAACAAAGAGAACAAGUUCUAAUUUUGCAACUUUGAUAGACGAAAUUUUUGAAUAUGAGAAAUACGAUCAAAUAAGAAAGGAAAAGGAAGAGCUAGAACGUAAAGUGAAAGAAGCGAAAGCACGUGAAGAGCUAGAACGCAGAAAACGUAAACAGGAAGAGAAAGAACGUUCAAGAAAAAUGCUAGAAAAAGAAGAACUGAAAAGAAAACAGGAGGAAUUAAAGAAGCAGAUUGAAAUUGAUAUAAGUGAUUUAGAACAUGAGUUGAUCAACCACAAAGAAGAAAAAUUUGAAGGGAACAUCAGAUCGAUUUCUGCUCCGAUGGAAAAUGAAGAAAAUAACAUUAAUCAUUUGGAGGCUGAUAUUGAUAACAUUCUUCGUCGCCGUAAUUUUUCUUUACAAACACGUCCUGUAUCAAGACUUGAUCCUGGUAUAAUAUUCUCGAGUCCAAUUGAACCCGAGGAUCCGGUGGAACCAAAGAAAGCUGAAAAUGAAAGACUUACAACAGAAAAGAAAAUUCUCGAAACUAUUAGGAGAUCGAAAUUCCUGGGUUCCUCAUUUAAUAUCGAUAAAGAAUUAAAACUGUCCCAAAUGGAGUAUCCAAAUACGGCUGCCUCACAAAGAUUAUCGGAAGAGAGGAUAGUGUCUGACCCUGAUGGUAAAUACGAACCUUUGGUUCUUCCGAAAGAUGCAAAGGGUGUAGCUCACUUGAAGGAUAAUACCGCGCCAACUACAGCAGAACUUCUGUCUAAUGGUGAAUUGAGAAAAAUAUCCGAUAUUAGAGUACCACAGUUUACUAGAAAAUCAAGACAUUUUAGCGAGUCUAACAAAAGGCUCUCUGUUUUGUCAAUGUACUCCACAAAGGAAUCGUUUACAAAUUUAGUUGAUAUUCUAAAAAACGGUAACCUCGAUGUUAACCCACAACAAAAUCAAAGAGUGCCAACACCAAGAAGUGCAGAUGAUUCAGAAUUUCUUUUUGAAACUGUCAAUGAAGAGGCUGAAUGUACCGGAAAUAGCUCAAACGAUGAAAGGUUAUAUGAUAUGGGUGAUUCUUGUGUCAAAGACAAGAACACUUUAAAGCUAAAUUUUGCCGAUCGUUUCAAUGGAUCCAACAAUGAAAAGGAAAACAACAACUUGCAUCUUCCAACCCUGCCUCCAUUAAACGGGGAAGACGGGGCAAAUAAGCAGGGGGAGGAGAAGAAGGAGAAGGAAGAACUUCAUGAGCAAGCGAAGGUUAAGUCAAUGAUACCUGAAUCAGAUUCUUCGUCGCAUGCUGAAAAAGAACAAAACGAGAAAGAAGAUCAACAAAGAGAUGGAAAAGAUUUAGAACCACCAUUGAAUAAGACCGUACAAAAGACAAGAGAAAAGAACAAUGGUACACAGGCCAAAAAUCAAUCGACGGACCUAAAACCAAACAAGAAUGCGAGUGGAAGUGGCUCUUUUUUCAGAAAAUUUUCAAAAUCUUCUACUUCGGAAAAAUCAAUAGAGUUAUACGCUAAAGUUUCAGCAAAACAAUUAUUCAUUGGUUUAGAGAAAUUGCUACGUGGUUGGAAUCAAUAUGGGUUGAAGAAUGUCAAAUCCAAUCCAAACAAUUUAACAUUAACAGGCAAACUAUCAAGCGAAAAUAUGUUUUCUUUACGUUCGACACUAUUUGAGGUUAGUAUUUAUCCAAAGGGUAAGGUGAGUGUUGUGGAUUUCAAGAAAAUUUCUGGUUCAUUCAAAUCUGUUAAAAAAUUGGUCAAGGAAGUUGAAAACGUACUAAAUAAAGAAGGCGUACUUCAAAAAUAG